AUCCCCUUCCUUCAGUGUGUCGGUGCGCUGUGUGAGCGCAUCGCUAUCACUGCUCCCUCCUCUCAGUCUGCGCUCCUCUCUCCUUUCUCCACGGCCUGUCUCUUGGCUUUCUCUCAGAUUUUUUUCUUCUUUUUUUUUAAUCGCCUCAUCUUUCUGCCGUCCAUCUCCACCCCUCCUGCUCUUCUUUUUUUUUUCUUCCUCUCCUCCCGUGUGAUUCUUGCCCUACAGGGGAGAGAUAGGAUCUGUUACACAGCGCAGCAGGUUCACCAAGAACACAGACCCUUUACAGCUGCCCAUGCUGGUUGGACCAUCCCCAGUCGGUACUUGAGCGAGUGGGCGCGCUUGACAGAGUUAGCACCUCGAAGGUGCUUGCUGCUGCAGGAGGUGUGACAAAGUCCCAGCCCACCACACAUUGAUUCGUACCAGAUUAAGCUAUUGCACGAUGCUGCAAGCAGAAGGCUCGGCACAGGCGAUUUACCGCUCCCGCCAGACCUAACAUCUUCAGACGCCUCCUCUCUGUUCGGCUAAAACCUUCUUGGGAAGGACUGCCCAGAGUCAUCUGCAACUCUACUAACGAAAUCACCCAAAGGGAUGACUGGAGGUCCCCCUACAAAGGAGUAAGAGAGGCAGCAAUGGGCUGGACUAUGACUCUGAAAGAUGACUUUGGGGUCAGCGCCUGGACACGGCACUCUGGGAACUUCCUCAGCCUCCUCCUCCUCUGCUUGUCUCUCUUUUCCAUUCCAGCCCACUCUGACAUUGUGCUUCCCAAAGCCCAUCAUUUCUCAUGGAAAGCAGGCUCAUGGGGUCAGUGUAUCGGCGAAGUGUGUGGCUCUGGUGGGUUCCAGACAAGGACGAUAUGGUGCAUCCACACGGAGGGUUGGACCACCCAUCACUCGCACUGCCAGCAUGUGGAAAAGCCAGAAAGCAAAAGGCAAUGCUUUAAGGUCUGCGACUGGCACCAAGAUCUCUUUGAAUGGGAGAUUUCUGACUGGGGGGACUGCGUUCUUGUUCCUUUCUUUUCCAAUGAACUCAAGGUGAGGACGGCUGAGUGCGUCACAGCACAGCAUGGUAUUCAGAGGCGCAACAUCCACUGUGUUCGCACUUCGAAUCGAAGCACCGUCAGCAUAAGGAUAUGCGAGUUCUUUUCCCAGAAGCCACCUGUGGAGCAGGCGUGCCUCAUCCCCUGCCCUCAGGACUGUGUUGUUUCAGACUUUACCUCAUGGUCGAGUUGCAGCAAAACCUGCAGUGCUGGACUCCAGCAUCGGACUAGACAUGUCCUUGCAGCACCAAUGUACGGAGGAGCUAACUGCCCUAAUCUAACCGAGACCAGGACUUGUACUAACUCUGUUGACUGCCCUGUUGCAGAGGAUGAGUACCAGUAUAGCCUUAAAGUUGGGGCGUGGAGUAAGUGCCGACUACCCCAUAACAAGGAUUCUCUCCUAAAUGGAAGGACCACAGUGAACUUUGGAGUUAGCUCAAACGAGAACAACUCUAUCACGCUACACACCUUGGAUCCUCACCCCCAGUUCCGUCACCACCACCGCCAACAUGCUCUUGUGCAUGUAAGAUACCCCAUGUCGUGGGAAGUGGAGGUGGGAUAUCAGACACGACAUGUGCGCUGUGCAAGAAAUGAUGGCAAGAACGUCAUGCUGAGUCUAUGUACCAAGGACAACUCCCCCCUGACCUUCCAGGCAUGUGUGAUGCCCAAAGACUGUCAAACCUCUGACUGGUCAUCGUGGAGUUCCUGCUCAAAGACCUGCCGAUCCACCGAUCUGUCUCCUGGGUAUCGCGUGCGAACACGGGUCAUGACACAAAUCCCACAUGGAGGAGGGAAACAAUGUCCUGCUCUUGAGGAAAAGGAAGCCUGCAACAUCAUUGGAGAUUUACUUCCAAAAUGUCCCAGGUACACGUGGAGGACCACUGACUGGGGUGAAUGCCACAUCCGACCCUUACUGGGCCAGCAGGAUCGACGGCGGGCUAACAUCAGUAAGCUGUGCGGGGGUGGGGUCCAGACCAGGAAGACCUACUGUGUUCAAGUCCCCGAUGAUUCAGCAGCACAUUACAGGAAGGAAGUGUCCAGGCCUGUGAAUGCUUGGCUGUGUGAUGGGGAUGAUCCUCCAUUGGCUGUUCAGAACUGCUCUAUUCCUUGCCAGUAUCGGUGUUUGCUCUCCCAGUGGUCACCCUGGAGUGCCUGCCUCCAUGAAAACUGCAAAGAACCUCAAGGGAAGAAAGGUUUCAGACAAAGGAAGAGAGAGGUGUUGUGGGAGUCCAGUAAUACUCUGGGGACUUGCCCUCAUCUGAUGGAGUUCAUCCCCUGUGAGGAUCCUGCCUGCUACCUGUGGCGAAUCCAACAAAAAGAAAAAUGCAUUCCCACCAAUAGCUCCUGUGGUCCCGGAACUGCAGUGCAGAAUGUGACCUGUGUCAACACUGAAGGGGGGGAUGUGCCUGCCACCCACUGUGUCGAUGACCCUCCACCCACUGAGGAGGCCUGUGAUGUUGCCUGUUCAGCCGACUGCGUGGUGGGCUCCUGGUCCCCCUGGUCUUCCUGCUCACACAGCUGUGCCACGAAGACCGCAGAGGGCAAGCAGAGCCGCACUCGCACAGUGUUAGCCAUUCCAGGAAAAGAUGGUAAAGCAUGCCCAGCAGCCCCAGCCCUAGAGGAAUGGCGAGUCUGCAAUGACCAUCCUUGCAAUGUAUUUUAUUGGGAAGCCUCAGAAUGGGGUCUCUGUACUGAGGAUACCUCUGCACAAAUCAAUGAAAGUAGCUCCUGGAAUGGGACUUCUUCCUGUCCUGUUGGUGUCCAGACCCGUAACGUCACUUGCAUGAAGAUGAAUGCUGGUCCAGUCAUAAAUAAAAGGUGUUUAGAUUCUUCUCGCCCAGAAACAAACCGACCGUGCUCUCUGCCCUGCAAGAAGGACUGUGUAGUGACCCCCUUCAGUGAAUGGACAGCAUGCCCAACAUCUUGUCUCCCAGAUAAUUCCACUGCUGCCAUGCAAUCUCGGUACAGAAUCAUCAUUCAGACGGCUUCUAAUGGAGGUCAAGAGUGUCCUGACACCGUGUACGAAGAACGGGAGUGUGACUCAGUUCGUGUAUGUCCAAUGUAUAGGUGGAGGAUCCACAAGUGGCACAGUUGUAGUCUGGUGCCUGAUUCUGUUAGACGGGGAUUAUCCGGAUCAGGAGAAGCCUGUGGAAAUGGUUUAGAAACAAGAGGAAUCAGUUGUGCUGGAGAGGACGGCGAGCCGGCCAACAUGACAGAGUGCCUGCAAUGGGCUGGCCCCUUUCCCUCUCAGAUUAGAGAGUGCCGGGUGCCAUGCAAGGAUGACUGCACCCUAACUGCUUGGUCCAAGUUCUCUGAAUGUGCCGGAUGCGGCAGCUCACGUACUCGCAGGCGUUCCCUCGUAGGCCGUAGCAAAAAGAAGGAGCGUUGCCUGAACGAGGACUGGUACCCGUUGGAAGAGAACGAGACUUGUCCCUGUAAUCAGUUCUUGUCUCAGCCUUUUGGGAAUUGGUCUGCGUGCAUCCUUCCGAACCCUCCAGUUUUCAAGUCGCUGCAGGGCUGGAUGAGGCACCGGGAGGUAAAGGAGUGUGGCCAGGGUCUUCGUUAUAGAGCUGUGGCCUGCAUUGACCAGCGGGGACACCUGAUUAACCCCACACUCUGCACAGACUCAGGCUACAUCGUAGAGGUUUGUCAUAUCCCUUGCCCCCUCGACUGUAAGCUCAGCGAAUGGUCUUCUUGGUCAGCAUGCAGUUCCUCCUGUGGCAGUGGGCUGAAAACCAGGUCUAAGUGGCUCAGGGAGAAGGCCUUUAAUGGUGGACGCCCAUGCCCUAAACUGGAUUUAAAGAACCAGGCUCAGGUGUACGAGGCUGUGCCAUGCAACAGGGAGUGCGGCCAGUAUGAGUGGCGGAUCGAGCCCUGGUCCAUUUGCACCAUCAACACUGUGGACGACCUGCCAGCCUGCGGAGAGGGAGUCCAGAGCCGCAAGAUCAGGUGUGUGAUGAAGGGAGCAGCGAGUGGGGAGGAAGGCAGCGCCGACGUCAGUCUGUGUGAUCAGGAGGAAAUGCCUCCCAGGGCCCAGGUUUGCCAUUUAGCCUGCCCUAAUGACUGUGUUGUGGCAGCCUGGGGAGCAUGGAGCCACUGCCCUCCGCAGUGCGACCCAGGCAGCGCACGGAACAGAAGCAGACACGUCCUCCGCCUCCCUGCCUCGGAGAAAGCAGCCUGUCCAGAGCUGGUCCAGUCAGAACCUUGUCUUCUCAACAGUACCUGCUUCACAUACCAGUACAGAGUCUCAGACUGGAGUACCUGCCAGCUGAGUGAAAGUGCCAUCUGUGGUCAGGGUUCACGGUCGCGUCUCCUGGACUGUGUGCGGAGUGAUGGCAAAACCGUGGAGUUGCAGAAGUGCCAGCAGUUCGGUUUGAUCAACAAGUUGCAGCUGCUGGAGAGCUGCGUGGUUGACUGUCCUGUUAGCUGCAUCCUCGCCGACUGGUCGCCGUGGGCGGAUUGCUCGCACACCUGCGGGACUCAAGGUCACUCUGUACGCACCCGGAGAAUCCUUCAGGAGGCUCACGAGGAAGGUCGCCCCUGUCCCAGCCAGCUCACCCAGACUAAACCGUGCUCCAUAAGGCCUUGCUAUUUGUGGCUGUUGAAUGACUGGUCUCCAUGCACUGUAGAGGGUGCAAAGUGUGGUGAGGGGGUUCGGAGAAGAAACCUGUCGUGCGUCGUCCACUGGGGGAACCUGCACGAGUCUCCUCCUCCCCAGCCUGUAGACAGAGCCUUCUGUGGAGAUGUGCUGAGGAAGCAUCUCCAGCAGGAAAUGGAGCAGCCCUGCUUCGUCCCCUGCCCAGGUGAUUGCCAUUUGACAGAGUGGUCCACUUGGAGCUCCUGCCAGCUGACCUGCCUGGAGGGCCGCAGUUUUGAGUCCACCGGUCGCCAAGCACGCUCCAGAGCCGUCAUCAUCCAAGCCAUGGAGAACCAAGGCAGUUGCCCGCAUCAGAGCUUUGAGACCCAGCCUUGUAAAGGAGGAAAAUGCCACACUUACCAGUGGAAAACAGGAGGGUGGACCAACAACAAGAGGGCAGUGUGGUGUCAGCGCUCAGACGGUGUUAAUGUGACAGGGGGGUGUUUCCCGCAGAAAAGGCCCACUACCCUUCGACACUGCCAUCCUCCGUGCACAAAACCCUUCUCACACUGCACGCCGAGUGGAGUGUGUGGGUGUGAGAAGGGCUACACUGAAGUGAUGACCUCUCACGGCUUCUUGGACUACUGCACCAGAACGCCGGGGGUGGACAUCAACAAGAAAGCCGACGUGAAAACCAACUCUGGAAGAUUAAAACCCCGACCGUCUCAGGCCAACGACCUCUUCAGCGAGUGGACGUUACGGCCCGUCGGCCCAGAUGGACGAGUGAAGCUGUGGGUUUAUGCUGUAACCAUCGUCGGAUUCAUUGUAAUACUUUUCAUCAUCACGCUGUCAUUCCUGAUCUGCAAGCCAUCCAAAACCUCUAAGGCAUCUCCUCCACCGCAGAAGCCCUUGACUCUUGCCUAUGACGGCGACGCGGACAUGUAACCAGGCUGCUAUACCUCACGAGGACGUGAUUUGGCCUUGGGCUGGAUUCUGGCCGCGUUCACAUUGUUGCCAAGCACAUGCCCUGGCCUGCUUGAGCCGGGGUAUGUUUGAGAUGGUAGAACGAUUGGCUUUGCUGCUGAAGACGCAGAAUACUGGCCGAUUCAAGAAAAAAAGAAGAAAAAAAAAACAGAGCCAAAGCCAAUUGAGCUGAGACUGAGACAUGGACCUCAAGAUCUUUUUUUCUAUAACUGCCUGCAACAUGAACACACGGUCCAAGCACCGUUUGGAAAUGAUGAAGCAAGAAGACUUUUAGGCACUAAAGACAAAAUUAAUCCACAAGUGAAUCUAUUGUGGACGUUUUUUUUUGUGUGUGUGCGUGUGUCAAGAAGUAUAGGGACCACAUUUCUCUGUUUAUUUUUGCUUUUGAGCUACUCUAGUCUGUAGUUACACAUUAUGUUAAAAUGCAUUUUCAUUUUUUUUUUCUCAAUAGUUCCUGAACUUUGUGAGAGAUAAUGUCACAAGCUCUUUGGCUAAACUUUUUUUUCCCCUUGUUUCCAAACAAAUAAGAUGGUUUAUGCACUAUGUUAGUGCUGGUUUGUUUCUUUCUGAUGAAUUUUCUAGUGUUUUAACCGUACUGCAAGUAUAAUAUUUUUGUUUACUUAUUUAUUAAUUUAUUUUUUUGCUGUCUGAUUGUGUAUUGUUGAUGAUGCAAUUUGUUGUGUACAUGUGGAAACCAAAAUCAAGCCUGCCUCGAGUUUAGGGACACAUUUAAUGCGGCUGUUUCUCCGUCCUCUUGGGACUCCCAGCCACAAAACAAAAUUCAGCAACAACUUAAAAAAAA